UUUUACCAAAUUAGAUUGAGUAAGGAGACAGCCUAGCCUCUUUGAUGAUCAUGUGAUAAAGCAGACUGAUGUAGCAUCUUAGGGUUGGCAGAAUGGUUCCUUCAACAUGACCAGGUUAUACAGCCUUGUUUUAGAACCUACCCCAAGGUCACGGCUAGGAAGGUUGAGUAUGUGCUGAUACAGAGUCCACCAGCGAUGUCUCUGGUACUGACGGUGAGUUAGAAGGAAGGGAAGCUCCCUCCCCACAGACACCUCCCCAUCACUACUGAAGGAGAGAUUGUAGAGAAAGAAACACCUAAAGAAGAUCAUUUGAACUUUGGUAUCUUAGCUCUGUGUGAAGAUCACAGGUACCUCUUAUGAAUAAUGAGCUUAAAUCUGCUCUGCCUGUGUAUAAAGGAGAAUUGACUGGCGAAAAGAAAUCGUAUUCAUUGUCGCUAUUUUCCAGAAAUUACCAAGGCAGUGACCAAGUGGAGACCAGGGUCCUUCAGUCUGGUUCCCUUGGAGCCAACUGAGAUUGUCCCACCACAUCCCUGAAUAAGCCUUGUGGCAAUGUUCUUAAAUUAAACAACUCAAAUCAUCCUAAGACAUUUUAUCAGAUCAGUUUAGUCUCUGUCAGACACAUGAGGGAAACUGGUGCAAACAAGGAUUAGGUAGUGAAUCUGCCCUGGACUUCUAGCUCCCUGGCUGCCAGAACCCAUUCCAUCUCCCAGUGCUGUUGUGUUGGAUGCCCUUGCUUUCCCUUUUGGAUUUAGCUUCCCCAGCUUCCAGAGGCCUGGCCUGUGCUCUCCUACGUCUAGAAGGGCUCCAUCUAUCCUCUUUACCUUCAGAAUCUUCUUUGUCUAGUUCCUAAAUUGUUGGCAUGACAACAUUCUGUCCUGAGCUUAGCAGCUCCAGAGAGCACCUGUGGGAGCCUCAGUACCCCUUGCCCCAGCCUCCAGCCCCUUCCCUCUCCCCAAGCUCAGAUCAUGAACAUGAAGAGAACAAGUGGUAGCAUUGACUUGAGGAACCUCAAGAAGGCGGUGAAAGCCCUGAGCAAAGCAGCCACACAUUUCAACAAAAAUGAAAUGGAAUGUCUUGUGAAACUGUUUUACUCAUUUAUGGAAAAGGGAUAUGAACAAGAUACCCGAGGCGGCUUGGAGCGUAAUGAGUUUAGAAACGUCCUACAUACUGUAUUUGGAAUGACUGAUGACAUGCUUAUGAACAGGGUGUUUGGUGCAUUUGACAAAGACAAUGAUAAUCACAUUAGUACAACUGAGUGGGUUGAAGGAUUAUCCAUAUUUCUCCGAGGAACUUUUGAAGAAAAAUUGAAAUACUGUUACCGAGUUUAUUACUUGAAUGGGGAUGGAUACAUUUCCCAAGAUGAAAUGUAUGAUAUGCUGAAGAACAGUCUCCUCAAACAUUCAAUUGAAGAAGAGCCAGAUGAAGGAAUAAAAGAGUUAGUAGAAAUAACACUGAAGAAAAUGGAUUAUGAUAAUGAUGGGAAACUGUCUUAUGAAGACUUUGAACAAGCUGUAAAAAAGGAUCAUCUUUUGAUGGAAGUGUUUGGUCCAUGUUUACCAGGAACUGAGAAAUGUCUUGAAUUUGAAACUCUGAUAUUCAAAGGCAGAAACACUUAAUUUCAACUUUGAACAGCUAGACCCUGGGCAAACGCAAAUGCAAAUACAAAAAAAAAAAAAAAAAA